AAUGAAAAUCUCUAUAAACGCCCAAUACAAUCUCUCUCUCUUGAGAUCGGCGCCUCCACUCUCCCUCUCUUUCUCAACCGCCACCACCGCCACCGCGCCCAUCUCCCUCACUCCUCAGCCCGUCGUCCACUGCUGUCCUCUACUUCUCUUUCCCUCCCUCCUAUCGAACGUCGAUAACAGAUAUGAAAGAGUAGUUGAAGGAAAAUCGGAUUCCUAUGCUGCAAUCAAAAAAUAGCCUUCUCUUGUGAUUUAGAAGAAACAAAAACAAAUUAGGCGAUAAUGCCGCACAAAACUCGACCUCUGACGGCACUCUUGGUCUUCACUGGCGUGAAUGCUCUCUUGCUUCCAACACUUGGACCAGUUUAUGAUUUCGUCUGCUUCCUUCCAUAUUGGGAAAGAAGGAGAGAACGUCGACGCCAAGAACGUGAAGCUGCCUCUGCUGGAACUGUUGGAUCGUCUUAGUCAAUAAGUUAGAACAGCUUUAGAGGCGAGGGUUAUCAGCACAUGGGUUUUAGAACAUGAAUAUUCAUGCAGUUAGGCUCACAUUUCACUCAGAGGGUGACAGUCACGGGGUCUUCAUGUUGAAGCUGAUAAAUAAUUCUGUUGUGAUGUUUCUAUGACUUGCGCGUUUAACUAGUGCUGUUGGAUUCUAAUAUGGCUGCCUGGAUGCAUUUUGCAUCUGUCUCUCUAAUUAAAGUGCUUUGUGUUA